CUGCCUGCCUCUCAACGCUAAGACAUAGGCUGUAAAUGAGAGGUUGUGGAGUAGGGUAUUCAUAGAACGUUUUGUUCAUGAGAAAAUACAAUUCCAGUGCAGGUUGCAUUAACAAAGGGUUCUAAGAGAGGAUAAUUAAAGGUGAUGGGAUCCAGUGAGAGUACGACCAGGAAGGUGUCUUUCGGCCUAGAUGAAGAGGACAGGGUGCGGAUUCUGCGUGGAGUUAAGCUCUCAGAGGAUGUCCUGGAGCGCAUGAGGAAUGCCAGUCAAACCCCUUUAAGCAAUAAGGAAAACCCAGGCCCGCAGGCAAAACCCCAAGCACCAUCAGCACACACCCAGCCUUCAAAACCCCAGCAGAGUCCUCAGUUUGUAUCAACGGCUUCUGACAACAGAGAGGAGCUAAAAGGAAGGUAUGAGCGGGAGCAGGCAAUUAUUCAAGAGGAGCUGGGCCGCAUUGCACGAAAGGAGAGAGAGGCAGCACGACAGGACAUAACCAGAGCUGUGCAGAGAGAGCGACUACAAACACUCCAAGAGUCGGAGAAGGCCAAGCAGCUGGGUAAGCAGCUGGAGAAGAAGGAGGCUGAACUGAAAGCACUGGAUGCAUUCUACAGGGAGCAUAUUGCACAGCUAGAGAAGAGGAACCUAGAUCACUUCAAAACAUCUGUUGAACAGUUCCAUGCUGCUGCCAACAGGAGUGAGGCUAACAUAAAGCCGCGUUGCGUGGAACCAGUAUGUACUAACCUUCAGGCUCAGAUCCUGCUCUGCUACAGAGAAAACCGCAACCAGACCCUGCAAUGCUCAGACCUGGCCAAAGAGUACAUGCAGUGCAUUGAUGCUGCCAAGAAGAAUCUGUUGGUGAAUCGAGGAUGAGGAGGACUCCAGCUUGUCAGCAGCUGUGCCACUCUGUUCCCUUUCUCUUAUCAGUGUGCAGGCACUUAAGCACUGCUUAGUCGCCAGCAUGCCUUCUUUUCUUUUCUGUUCCCUUACCAUAUAAUCUUUCAUUUUUAAGUUGCACUAUUAUGUACAUGCCACAUUUGACAGGGUAUAAUGAAUACUUUUACCUGUAAGAAAACUGAGAGUGGGUUUUACAAAUGCAAGUCUUGAAUUUUAUAAGUGCAUACUCAGGAAAUUCUGGCCAUUUAUUUAUCAGGAUUUACUCCAUGUAUUCUUAUAUAUCCUCAUAUAUAGACAUCUGCUUAAAGCUUGCUGUGGUAGUGUCUUUUGUGAAAUGUGACUGAAAUCACAAUUAUAUGAAUGUGAUAAGUCAAUGGAGAUAGAGACUGAAAAUUGAGGAGCAAGUAAAAGUUGUUUUGGAGUUGAUCAAUAGAAAAUUCUUAGUGCUUUAGAUAUCAGUCAUUAGCAUUUACUCUUGAUGUGCAACUGAUGUACUAGGAGUGGGCAGCUGAAAAUUGUUACAGUGCAAUACAGUUGUUAUAAGACUUUCAUGAUAUUUAUCAUGUUAUGCAAGAUGCAAAGAAAUAAAACUGGUUUUAGAUCCCUAAAACUUAACAGUAUAAGGUUUACACAAUACACUCUAUUUGCAAAGUAUCAUAUUUAUGACAUUAUCUGUGUUCUUUAUUCAUCUACAGCUUAUAAGUAAAGCCCUUUACACACUAACCGCAAUUAAUUCAUGCAAUUUUUUCAGACAUCAGUGAAUUAAUUUGAGCAUGUUUAUAACUCACUAAAGGCGAUUUUUUUGAACUGUGAAAAUGCGAUAUUUUAUUUGCCCUUUAUUUGAUUUUUGCGAACCACGGUUGUUUCUGCCGUUGGCAUAGCAACAACCAAGGUGGCUGAUCGAUUGUGUCCCAGCAACUAGAACUUUUUUAAUAAUGCUAAUAAUUAGUUUUUCUUCUGCCUUGUCAGGCAUGGCGUUGAUAUCUCCAAAAGCAGCUCAGGUGGGGCUCAAACUGGUUAAAGACAUCCUAACUGUGUGCAAAAGCUCCCAUAAAAUUCCAGCUUCAGAACGAGCCGGUAAAACUGUCCUUGGUCUUUUUGCUGCUUUUUUUGUUGUGUUUCCACAACAAAAAGUAGCUUACCUUUUUCACCAUUUACCCAUUUUGUAUAGACAUUUUGACCGCACUAUGAACAAUAGGGCAGAAUUCCAAAUAAAUUGUGUUGCACCUGGUAUGUAUUUGAUGUGAAUAAAAUUGUGUCAGAAUA